CCGGCGCUCGCCACUUCCGGCGCGUUGGGGCUGUUGGUUGAGGGCGGCAGCGCGGCGCGAGCGGGUGGCUCCGGGGCGGCCGCGCGCAGGGAUGCUCUGGGGGGUGGCGGCGGCAGCCGAGUGGGCUGAGGUGGUGAGGACAGCGCGGGCCUGCGGGCUUCUCUCCUGAGCCGGCCGCCCGGGUAGCGCCGCGCCGCCAAGGCCCCUCCAGCCUCCACCCCUUUAGCCUCGGGGCCGGGCCCGCCGCCGUCUCUGUCUUCCGUGGCCGGGGAGCCCCUGCCUGGGCCCGCAGCCUCCCCCUCGGGGGUCGGGCCCGGGCGGGGGCCCGGAGCCUCUGCUUUCCUCGCCCGCCUCCGAGCCCCAUUUCCUGCUUUUUUAGUUUCCUUGGGAAGGUGCAGUGGGGCUGGAUGAAUUGUCCCGGGGGUCCCCGAUGAGGCGGACCGGGAGGCCGUGCUCUUUUUAGAGGGUCCCCGCGGGCCCGGGUGGGGAAGGGGUUUUCUUUGCAUGGGCGGGGGACUUCCCGAGCCUGCCGGGACCAUGACCUGAACUGUGCGAGCGGGACGCGUGCGAAGCCCAAGACCCAGCUCACCUGAGCCGCCCCCUCCCCGGCCAGCAUGGCAUCAGAAGAAGCCUCCCUCAGGGCAUUGGAAAGUCUGAUGACAGAAUUUUUCCACGAUUGUACGACCAAUGAAAGAAAACGUGAAAUAGAGGAGCUUCUUAAUAACUUUGCUCAGCAAAUAGGAGCCUGGAGAUUGUGCCUGUAUUUUCUGUCCAGCACUAGGAAUGACUAUGUGAUGAUGUACAGUUUGACAGUUUUCGAGAAUCUGAUCAAUAAAAUGUGGCUUGGGGUCCCAUCUCAGGAUAAGAUGGAAAUACGCAGCUGCCUGCCCAAACUUCUUUUGGCUCACCAUAAAACCUUACCUUACUUUAUCCGGAAUAAACUCUGCAAAGUUAUUGUUGAUAUUGGACGUCAAGAUUGGCCAAUGUUCUACCAUGACUUUUUUACUAAUAUCUUACAGUUGAUUCAGUCCCCUGUGACAACCCCCCUUGGGCUGAUCAUGUUGAAGACGACUUCAGAAGAGCUAGCUUGUCCCCGUGAGGACCUCAGUGUGGCUCGGAAGGAGGAGUUGCGGAAGCUGCUGCUGGACCAGGUGCAGACCGUGCUUGGGCUCCUGACAGGUAUCUUGGAAACUGUCUGGGACAAACACACUGUUACUGCUGCCACCCCACCGCCAUCCCCGACCUCAGGAGAAAGUGGCGACUUACUGAGUAACCUGUUGCAGAGCCCUAGCUCAGCCAAACUGUUGAAUCAACCCAUCCCCAUCCUUGAUGCAGAGAGUGAGUAUAUCUGUUCCCUGGCCUUGGAGUGCCUGGCCCAUCUCUUCAGUUGGAUUCCUCUGUCUGCCAGCAUCACCCCGUCCCUCCUCACCACCAUCUUCCACUUUGCACGCUUUGGCUGUGAUAUCCGGGCCAGGAAGAUGGCAUCAGUAAAUGGUAGCAGCCAGAACUGUGUCUUGGGUCAGGAGCGUGGCCGACUUGGGGUGCUGGCCAUGUCCUGCAUCAAUGAACUUAUGUCCAAGAACUGUGUGCCUAUGGAAUUUGAGGAGUAUUUACUGCGCAUGUUCCAGCAGACCUUCUACCUCCUGCAGAAAAUCACCAGGGAUAACAAUGCCCACACGGUGAAGAGCAGGCUAGAGGAGCUCGAUGAGAGCUACAUUGAGAAGUUUACUGACUUUCUGCGGCUCUUUGUGAGUGUUCACCUAAGGAGAAUCGAGUCCUACUCCCAGUUUCCUGUGGUGGAGUUUCUGACACUUCUGUUCAAAUACACGUUUCAUCAGCCUACUCAUGAAGGUUACUUCUCUUGUUUGGAUAUCUGGACACUCUUUUUGGACUAUCUGACAAGUAAAAUUAAAAGUCGUCUGGGAGACAAGGAAGCAGUUCUCAACAGGUACGAAGAUGCGCUGGUCCUCUUGCUCACAGAGGUGUUGAAUCGAAUCCAGUUCAGAUACAACCAGGCCCAGCUGGAGGAGUUGGAUGAUGAAACGCUGGAUGAUGACCAGCAGACAGAGUGGCAGCGGUACUUACGCCAGAGCUUGGAGGUGGUGGCCAAGGUGAUGGAGCUCCUUCCCACGCACGCCUUCUCCACUCUGUUCCCAGUUCUUCAGGACAAUUUGGAAGUUUAUUUGGGAUUGCAGCAGUUCAUAGUUACUUCAGGGUCAGGACACAGGCUGAAUAUCACCGCGGAGAAUGACUGCCGGCGCUUGCACUGCUCCCUGCGAGACUUGAGCUCCCUGCUGCAGGCUGUGGGCCGCUUAGCUGAGUACUUCAUUGGGGACGUGUUUGCUGCGCGGUUCAGUGAUGCCCUCACUGUGGUGGAGAGGUUGGUUAAAGUCACUUUGUAUGGAUCUCAGAUAAAACUGUACAACAUUGAAACAGCUGUGCCAUCGGUGUUGAAACCUGACCUCAUUGAUGUGCACGCCCAGUCGCUGGCUGCUCUCCAGGCCUACUCCCACUGGCUAGCACAGUACUGCAGUGAAGCCCAUCGGCAGAACACGCAGCAGUUUGUGACACUCGUCUCUACCACCAUGGAUGCAAUUACGCCCCUGAUCAGCACCAAGGUCCAGGACAAGUUGUUGCUAUCUGCAUGCCACUUACUGGUCUCACUUGCCACCACCGUGCGGCCCGUUUUUCUGAUCAGCAUCCCUGCAGUCCAGAAGGUAUUCAAUAGGAUCACUGAUGCCUCUGCCCAGCGACUUGUUGAUAAGGCUCAGGUGCUGGUGUGCCGUGCGCUCUCGAACAUCUUGCUGCUGCCAUGGCCAAACCUCCCCGAGAGUGAGCAGCAGUGGCCUGUGCGUUCCAUCAGCCACGCCAGCCUCAUCUCGGCCCUUUCCCGGGACUACCGUGGCCUGAAGCCCAAUGCUGUUGCUCCACAGAGAAAGAUGGCCCUGGAUGACACCAAAGUGAUCAUCCACCAGACACUUAGUGUCUUGGAAGAUAUUGUGGAGAACAUCUCUGGAGAGUCCACCAAGUCCCGACAGAUCUGCUACCAGUCACUGCAGGAAUCUGUUCAGGUCUCCCUGGCCCUCUUUCCGGCUUUCAUCCAUCAGUCAGAUGUGACUGACGAGAUGCUGAGCUUCUUCCUCACUCUAUUCCGAGGCCUUAGAGUCCAGAUGGGUGUGUCUUUCACUGAGCAGACCAUACAGACAUUCCUCAGUAUGUUCACCAGAGAACAGUUGGCUGAGAGCAUCCUCCAUGAAGGCAGCACUGGUUGCCGGGUGGUAGAGAAGUUCCUGAAGAUCCUCCAGGUGGUGGUACAGGAGCCUGGCCAGGUGUUCAAGCCCUUCCUCCCCAGCAUCAUUGCCCUGUGCAUGGAGCAGGUGUACCCCAUCAUUGCUGAGCGCCCUUCCCCUGAUGUGAAGGCUGAGCUGUUUGAGCUCCUCUUCCGGACACUUCAUCACAACUGGCGGUACUUCUUCAAGUCCACAGUCUUGGCCAGUGUGCAGAGGAGUGUGGCAGAGGAUCAAAUGGAGAAUGAGCCCCAGUUCAGUGCCAUCAUGCAGGCUUUUGGUCAGUCCUUUCUCCAGCCCGACAUCCAUCUUUUCAAGCAAAAUCUCUUCUACUUGGAGACGCUCAACACCAAGCAGAAGCUGUAUCACAAGAAGAUCUUCCGGACGACCAUGCUGUUCCAGUUUGUGAAUGUGCUGCUCCAGGUCCUGGUCCACAUCCAUGACCUUCUGCAGGAGGAGAUAGGCAUUGCCAUCUACAACAUGGCAUCUGUCGACUUCGAGGGCUUCUUCUCAGCCUUCCUUCCAGAGUUCCUGACUGGCUGCGACGGUGUGGACACCAACCAGAAAAAUGUGCUGGGGCGGAACUUCAAGCUGGACCGGGACUUACCCUCGUUCACCCAGAAUGUGCACAGGCUGGUCAACGACCUACGCUACUACCGGCUCUGCAACGACAGCCUGCCCCCCGGCACUGUGAAGCUCUAGCUCGGCCUGAGCUGCCUGUCACACCACCUCUGCCUGCAGCACAGCAUCCCAGACAAGUCUCACCACUCCUUGGAAUCUGCACCCUGAGCAGCACAGCUUGCCUCCACCCUCCUGCUGCCACCUAGUAGGGCCGUCUUAGGAUCCACCUUAGCACUGGUGGAGUCCCAGCAUUUGGAGCAGGUAGAGGGGCAAGUGGCUGGGUGCCCCCAUGAGUGGUCUGUGCAGAUUAUGUGCAUAUCAGUCAUGGGACAGAACUGCCAAGGACAGCUUACAACAGUGCCACCUUCUCACCAUUCCACUCCCGCCUCUCCCUGGCCCAGCAGCUAAGGAGAGACCGACCGGAACUGUUUCUGUCGAGCCUUCCACCCCUCCAAUUGCCUUGAAGUCUCUGCUUUGUCAGAGAUUUGCAAAGACUUAUGUUUUUGUUCUUGUUUUCUCAUCAUUCCAUUGUGAUACUAAGAAAAUAAAAUGCUUACAUUGUUGUUAUAGAAAUGCUGGCUGGGAACCUUAUUUCUACUGGUGCCUCCUUCGGGCCAGCAUCCAUCUGAAUGGUGCCUGAAGCCUUGUGCUGUGAGGAAGCACCACAGAGGAGACUGGCUGGCAUAGAGUCGGUUGUGCCCCACCUUCUAGAUAACAUCUCCUUUAAGCCAUGUGAAGAAACGGUCCCCAUUUCUCAUACUUGCUGUGACAGUGAGCCUAGGUCCUGACUCCUCACCUCCCAGGGAACAAGUGGAUCCCCUCUUAGAGGCCCAGUCAGGAAUUGUUCCUUGGGACUGAAAUCUGACUGAGGACAAUAGGAGAGCAGGUUGGAGGGGACAGAGAGGGAGAAGAGGAGUGUGCCAGCUGGGAGUGGGUGAGGCGCAGGCUUUCCGCUGUGUAUGAGAGCUGAGCUUUCUCAGCCAUCCACAUGUGGAAACGGCACAUGUCCUCAUUUUCCAAAACAACAAAUCAGCAGUUCCUUUUCAGGUGUCCUGCUGACAGACAGGACAGGCAGACCAUGGUAGGUUG